AUGGAGACACUAGACGCAAUAUUAACCGCACCGACCGACAACGCGGAGAUCAAGUUGUUGUGGUCGCAGGCAAUGACCACAGCAACAGAGCAAACGCAUCUGUUCGCCACGGAAAAACCAGGCCGCCACCGCCGACCAACCGCAAACAACAGACCCAACAACACCCAGGGCACGCUCCGACCGAGAGACGCCACGACCGCACGUACCGGCACCACUGUACACGAAGCCAGCAGCUGCACCGAUGACUCCCAACCGCCUGCGGAGUUUAACGACGGCACUGUCAAGGAAGCGACCUGGGGCACUGACAAUUCGCGCCCCAAGCCACGGCCUCAUCUAGGAAAGUGCCGACCGUCCUCCAGCGGAGGAUAUCGCCGCGCUAACGCGGAAGCCAACUCGACUCGAUCAUCCGCCACCACAGCACGCAAAUGGCAGAGCCUCUUGGAAGUACUACCGUCACCGACGAAACAGCCAAACCGCCGACAAGCUCACGACCAAAAGAAGGUCAAGCCACCACAGGCACCAGCACCGAAACCGUCACGCGGGCCAGUAACUCCGCCCACAGAAAAGUACGCGGGGGACAAGUUACGCGACCUGUUCGGAGACCUGGACAAAACACCAGGCACCACCCAGCGACCCAACUCGGCUGCCGCUGCAUCGCUUGAGCAUGACACGGCCAACAAGGACACACCGACACCCGCACCUCUGACUGCCACAGCAACAACUACACCGCAAACCGUCGCAACCAGCAAAACCCCGCUGCCUCUACCUCCAGCUGCAACCAGGGCACCCACAACCACUGACCGACCGGCGCACCCACCAGUACCCGUACCUGUACGCGACAACGUCACCGUUCUCGUGCCGUACCACGCCGCUCACAUCACGAGGAAAUAUAAGGCGCGCAUCGGUGGGAUGCGAUACACCCUCCGCUUUGGCCGUGACGGACAGUGCUACUACGUGCGGGAAUUCCCGGUGUAG